AUGACGGAGAUGCUGGGCUACUCGCCGCCGCUCAGGGCUAACUGCGUCGUCCCGCCGCCCCCUGAGGGGGAGCGCAGCUCCCUGCUCUUCCACAUCGACCGCGUCGAGGACUGGACACCUCGCGGGCCGCGGUCUCCUGAGUCCUACCAGAGCGGCCUGCCAUCCUCGGGUUCCAACGACGAUGAUCGCCGCCCCAUGCCGGAGAUCGCCACGCUUAACUGGAGGUUCAACGUCGAGGACAACCGCGAGCACCACCCGCCGCCUGCGCCGGCACCAGCAGCGGGCCAGGCAGGCGCCACGUGUGGCUUCUACAGGCUGCCAUGCAAGGACGCCCCGGCUGCCCGCUCGCCCAGCGCCGAACGUCACCGCAGCCACACGCCGGGGCCGUGUCACAGGCGGCGCCACGUCGACGCUCAAGCCAAGAUGCCGGAGCCACUCCUUGCCCCGCCGCGCCGCCUGCUGCCCCUGGCGGCCGCACCAGUUGUGGUGGCUCCCCCACCCCCUCCAGCUCCUCCAGCUCAGAUUGACACACCGCUUCCGCCCGCUGAAGAGCCUGAAGACCCAGUGGCCCGCUUCUUUGCUAGCAGAAGCGACGCCAUCACCCCUCCCCGCUGGACUGAUAGUAUGGUGUUCGAGGUAAAUGCCACAAUUGAAGCCGCCCUGGCACAACCGCUGUCCUUGUCCCCAAGCCUCCGGAAAAGCUCGCAAAGCAGAUGA